AUGUCCUUGCGUUACUACCGCAAUCUCAUUACAGCUAGUCAACGUGCAUGCCGGCUCGCCUCUUCACAAAGGCCUCUCUUCUCAUCAAUCCCAAUUCACUGCAUCUUACCCCGGUUACAGCCAAGAGCAAUAAGUACCAUGACGACUUCUUCGUUCGCAGACACGGUGGUUUCCGCCAUGAGAACUCUAUUCCCUGAAGUACUUGCAGACAAAGCUUGGGAUAACACUGGAUUGUUGCUUGGACAGGCUCAACUCUCGGCCACCAAGGAUGACACGCCUGGAACAGUGCUACUCACCAAUGACCUCACUGCAGCUGUGGUAGAUGAAGCCAUUCGCGAGAAGGCCAGCAUAAUUGUUAGCUACCACCCGGUCAUCUUCAGAGCCCUCAAGUCAUUGACGGCUCAGGAUCCUAUGCAAGCACAACUUCUUCGCCUAAUAGCUUCGGGCAUUGCUGUUUACUGCCCCCACACAGCCGUCGAUGCUGCCAAUGGCGGACUGAACGACUGGCUCUGCGAUAUCCUAGUCGGAGACCAGCCCGAUCUCGUAGCAGGACGUAGCGUCAUCGAACCCAUUACCCGCACAUUGCCGUCAGAGCUUCAGGGCCUUGGCUAUGGCCGCAAAGUCCAGCUCAACAAGCCCACAAGCCUGGCGGUUUUGCUCAAAAACCUAUCCGCGGGACUUGGAAACCAGCGUUAUAUGUCUGUUGCGGUGCCUCAAGAUUCCGUCGCCGAUGUGAACAGAACCCAGAGCAUCUCCAGUGUAGCAGUAUGUGCUGGCUCCGGAGCGGAUAUGCUCAAGGAUAGUGAUGCUCAACUGCUCGUGACUGGUGAAAUGAGCCACCAUUACGCCCUCCGACACGUGCAGCUUGGACAGACUGUGGUGACAGUUUUCCACAGUAACUCGGAGAGGCAGUAUUUGACCCAACGAAUGAAGCCGAUGCUCGAGAAGGCGCUCGGAUCAAGCGGAAAGGUGAUUGUCAGCACCACAGACCGAGAUCCAUUUGAGGUCAUCGAUGUAUCCAAGCUAGCAUAG